UCCGUACAAAAGUACACAAGUCACAAUUCAUGUUUAUUUCCUGUCAUUAUCUUUAAAUCAACAUGAUCAAUGUCUUAUUUCAUUGUCAUGGGUUAGAUCAGAAAUGAAAGUGGUGUUUUAGGGAUUCACAUGGACAAUAUGGACCAAGGAAACGCUGUCAUUGAUUAUUUCAAUGAGAAUAUUUGGCUCCCUAUCGUGAUAGGAUGCGUUGGUUUACUUGUGCUGGUAUUAUUGAUCUGGGUCUGUUGUAAAGUCUGUGGCGACGGAAGGAACCACAGACAGUAUGAUUACACAGCUCUCGAUCAGGAGUUGGGCCUUUCCCACAAAAUGGAUCUCGAGAGACGGAUGCAGAGAAAUGCUUUCAGAGAUUCUGCUAUAAUCAGUGGCCAGUUCUACAUGAGGUCGUCAGGAAAAUACACAUUUGUGGAGCAUUUAAAUGAGAUAGGCAGCCGAUUGAAUCGGAGCUACUUCAUGGUGAAGAGUAAUCGACACAAGGAAAACGUUCUCUUGACCUUGACCCCAAAGAGUGACAAGUGUCCGCUUGAAAUGAGCAACAGUACAAAAAAUACUCUGACAGAACUUUUCAAUAUUUUAAAGCAUCCAUACAUUUUCCCACUAUAUGACAUUGAUUUCACCCAAGGUUCUGACCACGUUGUCUUCACCAUGAUCUUCAAUAGAUAUGGCUCACUGAAAGAUCUCAUCUAUAAGUCUCGAAGUGAGGAUGAAUACCAGAACAAGUAUGGGACAAAAGGAAAAGGUCUCUCCCUGACAGAGAUCAAGACGUUUGGUCUCCAGAUACUGACUGGGUUGAUGUUCCUGGCGGAGAAAGGCUUUCCCAAGUUCAAGCAAUUACACACUGGGAACAUCAUGGUUCAAAAUGGGGUCUGCAGGUUGACAGGUUUAGAGAACACAUUUUUAGGAUUCCAAUCAAAGCUACACCCAAUCAUAAAGAAGAAAAUAAAAAGAGACAAAAAUGCUGUGGAUAGCGUCUGCUUCGGUCACGUGAUGUUUGAGAUGGCCGCAGGCUACGAGUUGGAUGUCGGUCAUCCUCAACCAAUUCACCUGAUGGACUGCCAUAAUAAUGUUAUCAAGGUGUUGAAUCUGAUUUUUGAAGAGGACAACUACCCAACUAUAAAAGAGAUAGCAAACCAUGAGUUCUUCAAUGAUACCAGAUUACCGGAACUAAAAGCGUUUAACCCAGCACCAGUGAACUUCACUACCAAUAUGAAGGCAUUACUGAAAGCUGCAAAAUCUGGUAAACCAACAAAUAGAUCAAAGGAGAGAAGAAGAUCUAGUCUGAUGAGAUCAAAUUCAGAACUUGACACAGACAGGACUAAAAGAGGCAGAAAAGCAUCAGAGCCUGGAGGUGACAGGUCUGCCAAAAAGAAGGCCCCAAAGUUAUCAUCAAGGUCGCAAUCAAUGUCGUCUGACAUGGCUCAGUCAGCACCAGGUGCCCCUGUGGCGCCCCCUCCACCCCCUGCAUCAGCGAUCAACGACGUUCCAGAGGUCAAGAUCGAGAAAGCAACCGGGCCACGUGCUGCUCUCCUCGGCGAAAUUCGAGAUGUCCGAACGGUAAAGACGUCACUGAAGCAUGUAAAACCGAGCCAAAAGAAGGAUAGGAGUAAACCGAUGCUGAGACGAAAAUAGGACGUGCCAAGUACUGGUGGAGUCCAAUAAUCAUGUUUAUAUUUUGGUUAAGCCAUCCGCCAAGGUUGCGAAAUAAUAAAAUGGACUUGCGCUGUGUAUGACUCUUUGAUUUCAAUCCGCCAGUUUCGACCAUUCCCUUGUUUAGAGACAAAGACUUGUCUCCAGGUGGAUGUGUUAUAACGUGUACAUUGCGUGGCAUGGUUGAAUUUCACUCCCUACCUGGACACAAGGUCUGUUUGAAAUUAACCAAGGCCUAGAAUAGUAGCCAGGUCAUGUGAGACUAAAGUCCAUAUCAAGCACUGUACAUUUAAUUGGAUGUUUACCUAGGGACAAGAAUUUGUUUAUCAACAAGGGUAUGGCAUUAACUGGGGGAUUCAUUCACGAUAACAAUAGUAAGGGCUAUCUCACAAGGAAUUCAAGCCAUUAGGACUUUCGAAGGACUAUACCAAUUUUUCACAAGUAAUUUUGUGUCCAAGGGUGUGAAACUAUUAUAACUGCACGGUCUAAUGUCACCAGCAAAAACAGUCACUUUUAGUUUUUUCAAAAGUUGAUGUGUUUGGUCUGUAGACGCUCAUAACAAUUUAUGAUUAUAUCAAUUGGAGUAACGCAAUUCAAUAUCAUACUAUAUGCUAAUACUUAACACAGAAGCUACCGCUUUCAGAAGCUACCGCCUUCAGAAGCUCCUCAAGAGCAGAUACCAGGUCAUGGGGGGAUGUUGUACAGUACAUCCAGCUGUUAAGGACACCCUGGGACUGACAAAUGCUGUCCUUGAAAGGGGGGUGUUCCGAUGGAACGAGUUUACAAUCCCUGAUCAUGGCCCCCCCAAAAGUCAUUAAUUGAUGAAGUAAGUGCUAGUGUUCGAUGGAUUUAUUGUUAAGUGUGAUCAAACUACGUCAUUACAGCUCGGGGAUUGUAAAUUUUAACUGUUCAUAUUGCUGAGGUCGCUUUGUAUGUCGUGAUGUAUAGCAGCGACCCCUUUGAUACCAAAAUUGUCAUCCCUCAUAGAGAGGGUGACCUGCUAAAAGAGGUCUUUGUCCCUCCCAUCAGGUGCUUUAUAGUUGCAUGGUACACCAUGCUAUGUAUCGGUAGUUAUUUUCACUCACAAGGCAGUGUCAUAUUUCAAAAUUUUGUCACUUAAAAGCAAUAUACAAUGGCUUUUCUAAUGUACCAGUAUGGCACUGUAAUCACUUGUCUCUGCUCAAAUGAUAAUGGCUGAUGCAUCAUACUAGUCAGUACUUUUGAUUUUUCUCCAGAUUUAAUAAGCUUGUAACACAUUUGUAUUGUACAAUAACAUUGUAUUGUAUGGCUCUAGGAAAAUUCGUCCCCGGAUAAUUCGUCCCCGGAAAACUCGUCCCCGGAAAAUUCGUCCCCGAGAAAAUUCGUCCCUGGAAAAUUCGUCCCCGAGGAAAAUUCGUCCCCAGAUAAUUCGUCCCCGUGGAUAAUUCGUCCCUGGAAAAUUCGUCCCUGAGGAAAAUUCGUCCCCGGAAUAUACGUCCCCGAGGAUAAUUCGUCCCCGGAAAAUUUAACAAAAGUUGAAAGUUUCCGACAUUACUUUCUAGUAAUAACUACUACCUACUCCUUUCGACUUUUCUCAUUCAGUGUUAUAUCUCUAUUUACUACCCUACUAGCUAGUUACCUACUCC